CCACUCCAAACUCGCAUAUUUGGAUAUAAGAAUCGUCGCCGACAUCGUACGACGAGGCAGUCUACGACGAGGUUUGAGAGCGCAGUUGACUGAGACCUCUCCUUCCCUCGAGUGGCAUCAUAUUCGGGUGUCUUGAUAUCGACCCAAGAGGACAGACUUGACAGGCUGACUGCAUCCCAUGGACAAGACAUUUGUGGGCGACUUUGGGCUUGGCGAUGCGACCAACAUGUUUCCGUUCACCCCGGCCACGGGUGGAAACCUCAACAGCAGCAGCACCAUACCAUCGAACACGGUCAUGAAUCCGCUCAUGGCAAGUCAAAUGAACCCCAUCAUGGGCGGCAAUCCAGGGAUGAACAUGGGGCAAUACAAUACCGCAUACCAGAUGGGAAACAUGGGCAACAUGUUCAUGCCACCUGGGUACAACAAUGGCGGCGUCCCGGACGACUUGACAGGCACAGGUGGCGCGCCGCUCGACUUUCCCGACGAGUUCAAUCCCCAAUCGACCGCCUCCGCCGCCGCAAACAUGAUGGGCACUCCCAACAUGCACCUGAACAACUCCAUGCUCAUGAACAACAACCCCAUGAUGAUGCUAAACGGUGCGAACCAGUUCAACCACCCGAACGGGUUCCAGCAGAUGAUGGGCACGAAUCCCGCGGCCAUGUUUGGCAUGAUGACGCCGCAGCAGCAGCAAUUUUUCCGGCAGCAGCAGCAGCAGCAGUUUGCGCAGCAGCAAAUGAUGCAGGCGCGGAUGAUGGCGGCGCAGGCGGCCAACGCGCAACAGCAGCAGAUACAACACCAGCAACUUGACCAAGUCCCUAUUACGUGGCAGUCGGAGAAGGCCGACACGACCAUCCGCCACGAAGUCAUCAACAAGAUUGUGGCGUUCCUGCGCAACCAAAAGCCCAAUGCACCCGUGGACUGGAUCCGCAGACUGCCCCAGAUGGCCAAGAAGCUCGAAGAAAAACUGUAUCGCAGCGCCAAAUCCAAAGACGAGUACAUGAACGAAACGACGCUCAAGGCGCGGCUGCAGGUGGUCGCGCGCAGCUUUCACGCCCAGCGGAACCCCCACACGCCCCCGGAGCUGGCCGGGUUUUGCCAACAGGUGGCGCUCAUCACGGCCAAACUGCCGGCGGACGCGGCGCUAGAGUACCACAAGAACGUGCAAAACAUGCUCACAAACCAGGACAGCUACAAGCAAGGGCUGGUGAACCAGCAGCAGCGGCUGCUUCUGUUGCGCCACGCCAUGUGGUGCCGCGAGUCGGCCAAGUGUAAAGCCACGCCCCAGUGCACCGAGAUGAAGGCGCUGUGGGGACACAUCGGGCUGUGCCCGAAUAUGACGUCGUGCCCCGUGGAGCACUGCAUCAGCUCCAAGUUUGUGCUAAGUCACUUCCACCAGUGCUCCAACUCGCAGUGCAUCGUGUGCAGCGUGGUGCGGCAGCCCAUCGAGGCCAAGGACGCCAAUGGAGGACUCAUCAUGGACCCCCAUCAAGCCAUGCAUAAGCUCAACUCGCUCAAGAGAUCUUCGGCAGAUAUCAACACUGGGCCAACUGUUGUAGCCCCACCAGUAGCUGUCAUCCCCAACAUCCCAACCGCUCAACCGAUUCCAGGACCGUCCACGAUCCCUCCAGGCGGCCAGCAAUUCGCGACGCAGAUGGCCAUGAUUCAGCAAAAGUUCAAGGACUGGAGCAUGGCGCAGCUGCAAGAGCACAGCAAGAAGCUGCAAGUGUGGGCCGAGCAGCUGAAAAGCCAGAUCCAGAUGCUCACGGUCGAGUGCACCAAGCAAGUGGAGCUGUUUCGGAUGGCGCUGGACCCAGCAGCCAAGGUGCAGUAUCACUCACAAGCUGAGGAACUGCAGAAACAGCUCAAGGAACUCAAAGCCAAGCUGUCCCGGUGCGCCCAUCAGCACAAGAUCAUGGCAUUUACCAUCAACGGACGCCAGACGCCGCCACGUCAUCCCACGUCGUUUGAGUCUGCAGAAUCCAUGCAAAACCUACUGCUCAAAUCGACCAAUCAGCACAUUCCCAUGCUUGAAACGUCUCUGAUACAAAACACGCCCGUACUAGAACUGCCGGUCAAAGACGAGCACCCGCCCGACAAAAAGAUCAAACUGGACCCGAGUCCUCCUCCUACUAGUAGUACUACUACUAGUACUACUCCUGCCGUCAAAGCCGAGCCAACUCCACCACCGCCACCGCCUGCUUCAUCGGGCACGUGCAUGUUGCCGCAGAUGACCAACGCCGAGAUCCGCGCGCACGUUCAGUCGCUCCAGCAAAGCCACUGCGCUUCGCUAACAGUCGCGCAGCUCAAGAAGAAGCUGGACCCGAUCCUGAAGAACAUGAUGGAGCACAAGUUUGGGUGGGUAUUUAGCACGCCCGUGGACCCGGUGGCCCUGGGCAUCCCCGACUACUUCCACGUGAUCAAGCGCCCGAUGGACUUUGGCACGAUCAAGAAGAAGCUCGAGGGAAACGUGUACAAGCACAUGUACCCGUUCGCGGCGGACGUCCGGCUCACGUUUGGAAACGCCAUGACGUUCAAUAACGAGGGCGAGGAAGUGUACUCGCUAGCGAGUGACAUGCUCAAGGACUUCAACUGCGAAAUGGCCAAACUCGAGGCGGAAAUCGGCGCCGACGAGGCGGCCGCGCGGGCCAAGGACGGCGCGUGCCAGCUGUGCGGGUCGGAAGGGCUCGUGUUCGAACCGGCUAUCUUGUACUGCAACGGCGACUGCAACUCCAAGAUCCGGCGCAACAACUACUACUUUUGCUCCCCCGACAACAAGUUUCACUGCUGUGUGGCAUGCCACCCCGGCCUCCCCGACACGAUCACGAAGCCGGCGGAUGGCGGCGGCCCGCCCUACAUCAAGGCUGAACUCUGUCGCAAGAAGAACGACGACGUGCACGAAGAGCCGUGGGUCCAGUGCGACUCUUGCAACCAGUGGGUGCACCAGAUCUGCGGCCUCUUCUCCGACAAGGAGAAAGGCUCCGAGUUCCAGUGCCCCACGUGUCUGCUCCAGCUUGAAAACCGCACGGUUGCAGAUAAAAAGGUAUGGACGGCCAAGUCGUUGCCUCGAUCCAAGCUCAGCGACUACCUCGAACGACGGGUAGCCAAGGUCCUCCAAGCGGAAGACCAAGCCAUGAAGCAUGACAAGCUCAUCAUCCGCCAAGUGAGCAACAUCGACAAGACCCUCAUGGUGCGGGAUAAGAUGUACCACCGAUACAAAGACCAGGCCAAGUACCCGUCCGAGCACCGGUUCAAGUCGAAGUGUAUCUGCAUGUUCCAGGAGAUCCACGGCGUGAGCGUACUGCUCUUUGGCAUGUACGUGCACGAGUUUGACGAGCAAGAAGCCCAGUGCAACGCAAGGCGGGUGUAUGUGAGCUACCUGGACUCGGUCAACUACCUCGAGCCAGCAUAUCUUCGAACCAAGCUGUACCAUGAGAUCCUCAUUGGGUACUUGGAGUACGUCAAGCAGCGCGGGUUUCACACGGCGCACAUAUGGGCGUGUCCGCCGCUCAAGGGCGACGAUUACAUCUUGUACUGCCACCCCGAGACCCAGAAGACCCCGAAGAGCGACCGGCUGCGGCACUGGUACAUCCAGAUGCUGAUGAAAGCCAAGGAGGAAGGGAUUGUCGUGGAGAUCAACAACAUGUACGACGAGUACUGGGCCGUGGCCCACGCGUCGCCCACGGAUCUGCCGUACUUUGAAGGCGACUACUGGGUCGGGCUGGCCGAAGAGCUGAUUGAAAAGCUAGACGAAGAGGGUAAAUCGGCCAAAAAGAAAAAGGACCACAAGACCAAGAAGCCCAAACACUUGGCCAAAAAGGACGCCCGCGACGACGUCGACUUUCACGACCAGCUCAUGCACAAGCUGGGCGAGCACAUUCACCCGAUGAAGGAUGACUUCCUCGUCGUCAAGCUGCUUCCAUCUUGUACGCAGUGCAAACGUACUAUUCAUGACGGCACUAUAUGGAAGGAGAGCAAGACAUGCCUGUGCGACGGGUGCUAUCAGACCCAAAUGAGUACCCAGUCCAACGUCAAAGAGACCCCGCCGUACGUCCCCAUCAAGCUCACGCUCAAGGAAAAGUGCUCGGACCCAGAUGAUGUCGUCGAGAGCGAAAUCUUCGACACCCGCCAGGCGUUUCUAUCGCUCUGCCAAGCCAACCACUACCAGUUUGACGAGCUCCGCCGCGCCAAGCACACGUCUAUGCUCACGUUAUUCCACCUCGGCCAGCUCACCAACGGGUAUAUUUACAGCUGCAAUGUAUGCAAAGCCGACAUCAACAGCGGUACGCGGUGGCACUGCAAUACCUGCGUCGACUACGAUGUGUGCGCCAAGUGCUACGAGACCAAGGCCGCCGCCGCCCAUGGACACCCGCUUGAGGCGGUGGGAACGGUCUCGGACGUGGCCAAGAAAGCGCUGGAGGAGCGCAAGAAGAGCAUCGCUCUGCACAUGCAGCUACUGGUGCACGCCAGCAGCUGCGACGAGGGCGGGUGUGCCUCUGCCAACUGCGAAAAGAUGAAGGAACUGCUGAGACACGGGGCCCAGUGCAAGCUGCGCGCGACGGGCGGCUGCGGCGUCUGCCGGCGGGUGUGGGCACUGCUGCAGAUCCAUGCGCGGCAGUGCCGGGGCUCCGAGUGCCGCGUGCCCCGCUGCAACGACCUAAGAGAACACCUGCGCAAACUGGCGCUGCAGCAGCAACUCAUGGACGACCGCCGCCGCGCCGCCGUCACCGAGCAGUACUCGAGGCAAGCAGAAGACGACUCGACUAGUGGGGGGUGUUAGUGUAGAAUAUAUUGAAUGUCACAUCGCAUGAGUAUGAGAA